GGGCAGAGGGGAGCAUUUAAUGGAGAAGCACCAGAGUCUCCAACUGUGGUGGCAGCAGCAGCAGGAAAAGAUUUGCUAAUAAGGAGCGGGUCACAUUUCCCUGGGCCGGGCAGAUCCUUCACAAUUUGUGGGACGAGCAUGGAACCACCAGCCAUAGCUGUGGAGCCGGUGCUGGAGGAAGAGAAGGUGCCUUCCGUGGCUAGAUGUGGCGGCGCUGGACCCUACUGCAAGGUGGCCGUGGCCUCUGUUCUCCUGAGCGCCGUCACGGCUCUGUGCGGCGGGAUCCUGAUGGCGUUCCUUGCGAAGCAAGAAUUUCUCUUUGAGCACCUGGUGGAACUGCGAGGGAUCCCCUACGAGAGCACCUUGCAGUGCCUCAGCUCUGACUACCACCGCACGCUGACCCCUGUCCUGGAGAGGUUGUUUAAAAGCAGCUUCCAGAAUUCAGCCCUGGAAGGGACCUGCUCGAGGUGCUCCAUCCUGCAGUACAGGAAGGGCAAUGCCAGUGUCCUCGUCCACUUUCGCCUCUGGUUCUCCACGCAGCCGCUCAGCCCGGGCGCGGAAGAGGAGGCCCUGAGCAGGGGCCUCGCCACAGCCCUGGGCAAAGAAGGGAUUCCUCUCCCAGUGUACGGCACCAUCUCUUCAGUCGUCUCCCUCGCAGGGCUCAGCAGAGACACCCCCUCUGGAAUGACUUUGAAAUCAGGCACGUGUCCUGGGAACGCCUUUGCCUGUCGCAACAGCCAGUGUGUGCCAAGGGUGAAUGUGGAAUGUGACGACCGGCGGGACUGUUUGGACGGCUCCGACGAGGCAGAGUGUGACUGCGGCUCUCGGCCAGCCAUGCAAGUGGCCAAUCGGAUCGUUGGGGGGUCGGAGGCCUCCCGGGGGGAGUUCCCCUGGCAGGUCAGUCUGAGGGAGAACAAUGAGCAUUUCUGCGGGGCGACGAUCCUGGCGGCAAAGUGGCUGGUGUCCGCGGCGCAUUGCUUUAACGAGUUUCAGGAUCCAGGGACCUGGACAGCCCACGCAGGCAGCAUCUGGCUGAGUGGCAGCGCUGUGAAGGCCACAGUGGGCCACAUCCUCAGGCAUCCGUCCUACAACACCGACACGGCCGACUAUGACGUGGCCUUGCUGGAGCUGUCCGAGCCGCUGGCCUUCAGCAAGUACGUCCAGCCUGCCUGCCUGCCGGCAUCCAGCCACGUCUUCCCACCCGGCAAGAAGUGCUUCAUUUCCGGCUGGGGUUACCUCAAGGAAGACUUUUUGGUGAAGCCGGAACUCCUGCACAAGGCCACAGUGGAGCUGCUCGACCAGGCGCUCUGCGCCAGCCUGUACAGCCAUGCCCUCACCGACCGGAUGCUGUGCGCCGGCUACCUGGAGGGCAAGGUCGACUCCUGCCAGGGGGACUCCGGUGGCCCGCUGGUCUGUCAAGAGCCCUCGGACCGCUUUUUCUUGGCCGGCAUCGUGAGCUGGGGAAUUGGCUGCGCCGAGGCCAAGCGCCCGGGGGUCUACUCCCGUGUCACCAAGCUCCGGGACUGGAUCCUAGACACCAUCGCUGCGUUCAGGGCUCCACCAGGCCUUACCCUCCCGAUGACCACCACGCUGGGGCCCCUGGCCUCUACCGAGGGCACCGACACUGCCGGCAAACCCCGCCUCGGCUCCACCACGACCCUGGUCUCCACGACCCCCAGCAGGCCUGCAGCGACAGUGCCCCUACUCCAAGAGUGUGGCCGGAGGCCGGGCUUCUCCAAGCCGCUCAAGAUCGUGGGUGGCCUGGAUGCAUCUCACGGGGAGGUCCCCUGGCAGGUCAGCCUGAAGGACGGGCUGCAGCACUUCUGUGGGGCCACCGUCAUUGGGGACCGCUGGCUACUCUCGGCCGCCCACUGCUUUAACUACACCAAGGUGGAGUACUUGACGGCCUUUGCAGGCACCACCUCACUGUCGGCAGCAGGGAGCACCUCGGUGAAGGUCAGCGUGCGGCGGGUGGUGCCGCACCCCUCCUACAACUCCGCCCUGUUGGACUUCGACGUGGCCGUGCUGGAGCUGGCCAGGCCCCUGCCCUUCAGCAGGUACAUCCAGCCCAUCUGCCUGCCCCUCGCCAUCCACAAGUUCCCUGUGGGGAGGAAGUGUGUGAUCUCCGGCUGGGGAAGCCUUCAGGAAGGCAACGUCUCCAAGCCUGAGAACCUCCAACGUGCGUCUGUUGGCAUCAUCGACCAGAAAACCUGCAACGUCCUGUACAACUUCUCCCUGACCGAGCAGAUGAUCUGUGCCGGGUUUCUGGAAGGGAAGGUCGACUCCUGCCAGGGUGACUCUGGGGGGCCUCUGGCCUGCGAGGAGACCCCAGGCGUGUUCUACCUGGCGGGUCUGGUGAGUUGGGGCUUCGGGUGCGCACAGGCCAAGAGGCCCGGCGUCUACGCCCGGAUCACCAAGCUCAAGGGCUGGAUCCUGGAGACCAUCUCGCCGCGCCCCAGCACUACUGCCAUGUCCACUACCAAAGCCGGGGCCACGGCCACCAGCAUCGGCACCACGGCCACCGCCAUCUCCUCCAGCCAGCCCUUCACUAGUCAACGGACCACCCAGCCAGACCGAAGCACCAGCCUCAGGGCCAGCGCCACACCUGGGCCUCCAGCCAGCACCCCGAAAUCCACCCAGUUCCCAGGUGUGCCGUGCACCCCCUCCACCUUCAAAUGCUCUGGCAAAGUCUGCAUUGGGAAAGCGAACCCCGAAUGUGACGGCGUCGUCGACUGCAGCAACGGCAGAGAUGAGUCAAACUGCAAUUGCGGCUUGACCCCAGCGACAGCCUUCAGCAAGAUUGUGGGGGGCAGCGGAGCGGCCCGUGGGGAGUGGCCGUGGCAGGCGAGCCUAUGGCUGCGGCGGAGAGAACACAAGUGUGGCGCUGUCAUCGUGGCUGAGAGGUGGCUGCUGUCGGCUGCCCACUGCUUCGACAUCUACAGCGACCCCAGGCUGUGGGUGGCCAUCCUGGGGACGCCCUUCCUGAGCGGCCUGGACGGGCGAGUGGAGAAGAUCCUCCAGAUCCACAAGCACCCCUUCUACAACGCCUACAUGCUGGACUAUGACGUGGCCUUGCUGGAGCUGGCCUCGCCCCUGCGCUACAGCAGCACGGUCAAGCCCAUCUGCCUGCCAGACAACUCCCACCUCUUCCACGAGGGAGCUCGCUGCUUCAUCACCGGCUGGGGGUCCACCAAGGAGGGAGGGCUGAUGUCGAAGCAGCUGCAGAAGGCGGCCGUCAAACUCAUCGGAGAGCAAGACUGCCGGCGGUUCUACCCCAUCCAGAUCAGCAGCAGGAUGGUUUGUGCCGGCUACCCGCAGGGAACUGUUGACAGCUGCUCUGGCGAUGCCGGGGGGCCCUUGGCCUGCAAAGAGCCUUCGGGAAGAUGGUUCUUGGCGGGCAUCACCAGCUGGGGCUACGGCUGCGCACGGCCAUACUUCCCGGGUGUCUACGCCAAAGUGACAGUCGUGCGGGGUUGGAUUGGACAGAACCUCAAGGUGUGAACUUGCCACCCGGGCAGGGAGAAAAGGCGUCCCAAGAAAGGCAGGGGGCCUGGCGCAAGAGACAGAAGAACAGCCCCUGGCCUUGCCUUGCCGACCUGCUACUGAUUGGGAGGGGUACUCAGGAGUCCCCCCCUUUAACAAAAAGGAGCCAAUUUAGGACAUGCUUUCUUUGAAUAAAGGGGGGCCCCUUGCUCACUUCAGAAUCAUGCAAGGUUGCAGGGCCUGGAGGGGCAGGAAAAGGUCCCCUCCCUGUUGAUCCACCCGCUCGCAUGACUUCUGCUAUUUCCCACUCCUGUAAGGAUAAUUUGUGGCCCAGAGCUGCCUCUUGGGAAGGAAGACUGAGGGGCGGGUGAGGUUUUUCGCCUUGGGCCCAGGACAAGAUUUUCUGCCAGUUAGCCUGGCUGGAACCUCUGCCUUUAUUUUGCUUUCCAAUGCAGAUGGUCCUCUGGGUGAGGGACUCUGCCUUGUACCAGAAGGCUGGAUUUUGGGGGUGGUGGUGGCGGCUAUGAGUACUCUUCCUUCUCUAGGCUGUGCCCCACAAAGUGAGCGAGCGAGCGAGCGAGGACUGGGGGAAAGCUGCAAUCGCCUGAAAUCAGAGCAACAGACCAUUAAAACAAAUCAC